UUGUUCUUUAAAUGCAAGAAUGAGAAUGAAAAUUAUCCUUUUUUAAUAAUUUUCAUUGUUUUUUCUUGGACUUAGUGACACCUUCUUCUAGUUCUAAAAGGGCCCAUUUCAUAGCUGUAUUUCCAUCUUCAAACCAUAGCCAAUUGCUCUGUAUUUUUGGUUUCUUCUGCACAUUCCUUCACACACUCCCCACUCACUCCCCUCAAUAAUACCAUUCUCACCAUAUUAUUACAAAUUUACAACAUUUCAUAGUUAUAAGAGAGAAGGGUAGUUCAAGAAUUUCAGACCCAACAAACAUUUGAACAUGUCUGCACUGAUACAGUUGAAGAAUAUUAUCAAAUCUUGAGGUCCCAUUUUAAAAGCUAUAGCUUUUCUUUUAUAAAUAAUUCAUCCUCCUCAAUGAAUCAACUUUGCUUCUGCUUAAAGGCCCACACCUAUGGCUAUGAUGAGCUGAUGAAAGUGAAAUCCUUCUUCUUCUUCAUCAACAAGAUGCAUUAUUGCAUAAAUGUACAAACUUUCCAAUCAACAUUACACAAAUUUAUGACUCAGAGCUACCAAGAAUAGGUUUUUACUUUUUUUCAUUCACUAAAUCACAGGAUUCUGAAUCCCAGGAUUUCAGGAGAUGGUAAUGGUGUUUCAAUGGCUAAGAAGAGAAGCUGGUUCAAUCUAGUGAAGAAGUUUUUCAUUCCGGAUACACAGUCAAAUCAAGAUAAGAAGAAGGACAAGAGAAGAAAAUGGGUUUUCUUUGGAAGGCUGAAGGUGAAAAGCAGGUUGCCAUCUAUUGCAGCACCGUCGCCACCGCGAGAAAGGAGAACGGCAACACGAAGUGAGGCCGAGGAGCAGCAGAGUAUACGCGCUUUAGAUGUUGCACUUGCUACUGCUGCUGCUGCCGAAGCAGCUGUUGCGGCUGCUCAUGCUGCGGCUGAAGUUGUUUUGCUAACUGGUGUUCCAAAUGAAUCAAAACAACAACAACAAUCAGCCAUUAAACUACAACCUGAAGCUCAUAUUAUCAAUUUCACUCAUCAUUGUGAAAAGGACAGCCAAGAAACUGCUGCCACUAAAAUCCAAACCGCCUUUCGAGGUUAUCUUGCAAGGAAAGCUCUGAAUGCAUUGAAGGGGAUAGUGAAGCUCCAAGCAAUUAUUCGAGGGAGAAAUGUGAGACGCCAAGCUAUGAAUACUCUGAAAUGCUUGCAGUCCAUUGUAAACAUCCAGUCACAAGUCUCUGCAAAGAAAAUCCAGAUGGGGGAAGGAAAUUGUUAUUUUGAUGAAAAUAAACAGUUUCAGUACUUGACUGACAAGAUAAUUAAGAUGGACACAAACAGUCAAAAAAGAUGGGAUGGAAGCAUUUUGACAAAGGAGGAAGCAGAAGCCCUAUUUCUUAGCAAAAAAGAGGCGGCUAUUAAGCGAGAAAGGAUAAAAGAAUACUGUUAUAACCACCGAAAUUCAGCAGAAACGGAGAGGAGCAAGGCGAAUGGAAGGUGGAGGUACUGGCUAGAGCAGUGGGUGGAUACUCAACUUUCUAAAAGUAAAGAACUCGAAGAUUUGGAUACCGUUUUAACUUCAAUGCCAAAGCCGAGAGUGGAGUAUAGAGGGAAACAACUUAAACUGAGACCGUAUAACACGGAUCAAGGACUAGAUUCUCCGAUAACAGCAGCUUCGAGAAAAUCAUUUCACAGAAAGCAAUGUUCGUUAGGGGAAGAUAAUUCCUUCUCCAGCUCUCCUAUAGUUCCAACUUACAUGGCUGCAACAGAAUCCGCCAAGGCGAAAACAAGAUCAUUAAGCUCGCCGAAGCUAAGGCCUCCGGGAAAUUAUGAUGCAUACUCUGAUGGCUAUUCACCAUGUAAGAAUAAGUUGUCUUUGAAAUCAUCUGCUGCAACUGAAUUAGCUAGCAGUGGUAAGUUUGAAAGGCCAAGUCAAAGGUCUCCAAGCUUGAAGAACCUGCCAGGUCCUGUCAAAUCGAACCGGACACUGGUGAAUGUCAGCUUUGAUUCGGAGUGCUCGUUGCGGACGUGGGAUCAACAACGAGCCUUGUGAUGAGAUAUGAUUCUCUGUUUGUGCAUUGCUUGCUUUAUAAGUAGUUUGUAAUUACAUAGAUGAUUUGAUUGGAGAACUAGUUGAAGAAUUCUUUGAAAAUGUUUCUCAAUGACCUGAACAGAACCAGGGCCUCUAUUCCUGAGUUUAGAAGGAGCAGAAUUGGGCUAGCUAGCUAAGUAUAUUUUGGAUGGUUUGCA